AUGACGGAAAUGUACUCCGGGCUCCACGUGGAUCAGCGGUUUGUUUCCCUGGAGGAAUUUAAAUCAGUGAUCCGAAGCAUAUCGGUCCGUCAACACUGGGAACUUCGAGUGAUCCGCAGUAAUAAGAAGAGUGUUGUUAUUGGGUGUCGUUCAUCCCCCAAUUGCUUCUUCCGCGUGGUCUGUCGCUCGAACAAGAAUGCGACCUAUAUCACUAGCCUGCAGGACAGCCAUAGUUGUCAUCGGAGUGGAGACUCCCCGACUCGAACCCCAGCGCGCUCAGAAGCCUCCCAUGUCCGAUUCCUUUUGAGCGAGAUCCCCAAACUCUUUGAUAUGAAAAGCAGGAUUAGAAGCCAGGAUGUGGUGGAUGCCGUCAAGCGGUAUCAUGGAUAUGACAUCUCAUCGAGGCAGGCACAACGCGCAUUGAUCAGGUUGCAGUCUGCGGAAUCUCCAAAUGAGACUGACCAGCUCACCUCCAUGGACUUGAGCGCAGGUGACCAGCAUUCGCCUACUCAGUCCCAACCUGAAUCACAGGGCGAUGCGGGUCCUGCAUAUCGAGACCUUUCUGAAAGCCGUUGGAUCUCUGACCCUCUACAGCCAUCACUGAUGGACGAUGACGCCGUUGAUCCCAGUGAAUCUCCUGAGGCUCAUGCGCCUCCAUUACCGACUGCAGCGGCUUCCCAAAGCGUGCGGCAACAUCAGAUGCCAAAUACUCACCCGAUUAGCCCACCCGGUCACCCUACUCUCCGUAACGACCCUCGGCCCAUAGGCGUUCCCCACACUGGCGUUGGAUACGCAACAGCUGUUGCUAUGCCGGUAGCAGAGCCUAUGGGUGCCAAGUCUACAAAUUACCAAACGCGCGAUGAUACCACCGGCGGGGUUCCUCAAUUGGUCCUUACAAACUUCAAGAUCGAAUUUACAUGUACUACUUGCGGUGCUCUCAACCAGAGUUUCUAUCCGAAUCAGGGAAAUGUCACCGGUGGUGCAUACAUGGGGCAUCAUGCAAUGCCGACUCCAGACACCGUUGCACGACAUGCAAAUCCGUCAUCUCAGGGUGGCCCUGAUGGAACUGCUAGCGAUGUCACUGGGAACAGUGCUUAUCUUAAUGCUCGUGUCAUCCACAACCCCUGGGAAGCAGCUGGCUUGGGGGUACCCAUGGGCCCUACAAACACUUAA